AUGGUGGAUGUGAAGUGUCUGAGUAACGAUGAAUUACAGAACGAACUUCACACGUUUGGAUUUUAACCUGGCCCAAUACUACCUUCCACCAGAAAAGUGUAUGAAAAGAAGUUACUGAAAUUGUUGGUCUCAACUCCUCGUUCAUCAUCCGAGAUGAACGGACCCAGAGAACUGGACAGAGCUCAGGACUACGAUGACAGGGAAGGUACCGUCAGAAGCUGA